GUCUCGAUGUUUUUUUUACUCAAACGCCAACGCAUAAUUUAGUUAUUUUUUAUAGUUGUAAGAUUUUGUCGAACUCUCUAAUUUAUUGAACAAUUUUAAAAAAUUGCUUGGCGCCGCGACGCACUGCAUCCUUCGUUGCGAGUUGUGUUUGUUGCGUGUGCGCUGCAUGUUGCGUGUGUUGCUGUAAAAUUGUGAAACGAGUGCAGCCAAUAAAGAGGGCAAAAAAUGUCGAAGAAUAAAAUCAACACAACGUCGGCGACGGCGGCGAGCGCUGAAUCGACGCUCAUCGAAGUGAAAUCAAAGUUCGAUGCCGAGUUUCGACGCUGGAGCUUUAAACGGCACGAGACUGAACAGAGCUUCGACAAGUUCGCCACGCUCGUCGAGCAGCUGCACAAGCUGAGCAACAUCCAGUUUCUCAUACUUUACAUCGAUCCGCGGGACAACGAUCUGUUGCCUAUCAACAACGACGACAACUUUGGGCGUGCCCUCAAAACAGCUCGUCCGCUGCUGCGUGUGAUAGUGCAGCGCAAAGAUGACUUGAAUGAGUAUUCAGGCUUUGGCACGAUGAAGCCACGCAAUCUGAUUGGCAGCAUUUUGGGGCAUACGCCAGUGAAGACCAAGGCACCAUCGAUAUCGAUACCACACGAUUUCCGUCAGGUGUCCGCCAUCAUUGAUGUGGACAUUGUGCCCGAAACGCAUCGUCGUGUCCGUCUGCUGAAGCAUGGCAGCGAUAAACCAUUGGGUUUCUAUAUCAGAGACGGCACCUCGGUGCGUGUGACGGCCAGCGGCUUGGAGAAGCAGCCUGGCAUCUUUAUAUCGCGUCUGGUGCCGGGCGGAUUGGCCGAAAGCACCGGCUUAUUGGCCGUCAACGAUGAGGUGAUCGAAGUCAAUGGCAUUGAAGUGGCUGGCAAGACGCUCGAUCAGGUAACCGAUAUGAUGGUCGCCAAUAGCUCCAAUUUGAUCAUCACAGUGAAGCCGGCCAAUCAGCGUACGCUCACAUCGACGCAUCGCGGCAGCUUCUCGCGCAACAGUCAAUUGUCCAGCGGAUCGCAUCACACGAAUCACACAAACACCUCCGAUGAGCUGGAGCACGACGAUCAGGAUGAUAUUGUUGAUCUAACCGGCGUAACACUGGACGAAAGUCCAACGGGUGGCGGCGGAGCAACUGUUACAGUGACAACCACAUCAUCGGGAGCUGGAGCAGCUGGAACAGCAGCGCACAGUCAUCAAUCGCAGUCAUCGUCAUCACCGUCCACGCAUCACAAACAGGCCGCCUCGAAUGCGUCCACAAUUAUGGCCAGCGAUGUCAAGGAUGGCGUGCUGCACUUGUAAAAAUGCAAGCAACAAAAAACAAACAAAAAAGGGGAAAAGACACAACCUACACAUACACUACACACCCACACAUACAAGCAUAUAACAUAUAUGUAUAUUUAUAAUAUUUUUGGUACACAUUCCACAUUUCCAGUUUUAUGCACGAACUUGUUUUAAUUUCAUUUUCCUUGCUGCGAAACUAUUGUAUUUUAAUUGUAAGCAUUAAUGUCCCUUAUAUUUUUUGUUAUAUUCAUAUAUCCUUCAUGUGUUAACAUUAGUUAGAGCGAGCAAGGCAGUCACGAGUGAAAGAGAGAGAGAUAGAGAGAGAGCAGCUUUGAGUUGUAAUUGUAAAACAACAAAAAGUGGAAUUGCAAUUAUAACUCGAUCUUGAACAUUGCAUUCCAUUAAUGUACUUUGCGGCACACACACACACACACCCAUACACACACACAACAAACUAAUUCGAUGUACUUACAACUUAAAACUUAAGCAAACUGUUUUGUUUCCCUAUUAUUUUUUUUAAUUGAAUUUUAAUGCGUCAUUUUUUUGUAACGUGUGCGAGCUUAAAAAGUGUUACUUAAUAUACAUGCUAUACAUAUAUAUAUAUAUACAUAUAUUUAUACAUAAUAUACAUACUACAUGUAAUGUAUGCUUUUUCAUUUUGUGUUUAAAAUACUCGUUCAAGUUUUGUUUGUAUUUCGUAAUUUGUAAGCAGGAAGAAACGAGGAAUCGAAGAAAGAUGAAUGAUGAAUGAUGAACAACUACCAAACACCAACAGCGCCUUUAAAAAUAGCAAACCUACAUUAAUAUACACUAUACUAUAUAAAUUAUACUAAAAACUAAUAACUAUAUAUCAACUAUUAUUGUAGUCAAAUUGAGACAAAAGACACUAAAAACGAAAAA